CAUUCCAGACAAAAAAAUCUCGCUUUGCACCAUAUUAUUAGAUAUAAAAAAAAAAAAUGCCCCCUAAAACUAAAAACAAGAACAAAACCAAAUCUACACGAGCUGGGCUGAACAUUUCUGUUGGAAGAGUUCACAGGAUACUGAAGAAGGGGAACUUCGCGCCAAGGAUCGGAAGUGGUGCUUCGGUGUACUUGGCAGCGGUGGUGGAGUACUUGGCCGCGGAAAUUUUGGAACUUGGCAUGGAGGUCGCAGAACAGAACCACAAGACAAGAAUGUCGCCCCGCCAUAUUCUUUUUGCAAUCAGAAAUGAUGAAGAACUGAGUAGGAUGCUUGCCGGUGCUACUAUUACACAAGGAGGGGUACUACCAUCUAUAAAUGCAGUGCUGCUACCGAAGAAAACUACAAAAAGCAAGGAUGCGAGCGAAUCUACUCAAAAAUCGCAACAGUAUUAGGGGGCUACCAAAAAAAAAAGUUUAAUUUAAAUAGAAAAACUAUACCAAAAACGAAAAAACGUCCACAUGGAAAUAAUCUUAACUAAUGGAAAAUAAAAACGAAUCGAAGCGAACCGGAAAACCUCAAUUGCGAACUACUCAUGAAAUGUCAAAGAAACACUUAAAAACACGGAACAAAGUCUUUUCCAGGACUGCUAUUUUGGGACUAAGAAAAUUGAAAAAAUGAAAAAAAAACAGAAAAAAAUCAAAAAAUGGAAAAAGCCAAAAAAAUGGAAAAAAUGGGAAAAACAAAAAAAAUUGACACAAAUACAUAAAAAUGAAAUAGAAAAAAAAGAAAAAAAAUAGAAAACAACAAAAAAAUUGGACAAAGCUUGCAGCUGAAUUAUUAGAAUAGAUUCUACGACAGUAAAAUAAAUAAAAAGAAUUCAACGAAAAACAGGAUAUAAAUUGAACUCCGAACGAGAACGAACAUAAUUAACCUCACAGUCGAAAAAAAAAAUAAAAAAAAAACAAAACACAAUAAAAAAAAAACAAAACACAAUACAAAAGAAAAAAAAAAUAACAAACCAAAAAAAAAUAACAAAGUCCUUUUCAGGACUGCA